UUUAAUGAGUCGGUUGUUUUUACGUGCUGGAAAUUCGGAAAAAUUUUAUUUUUUCCUCCUAACCAGAUAAACGUAUUAAUAAAUAUUUAUAGAAAUUAUUCGCGUUUGUUAACUUACAGAAGCGAUUGUUUAUUUUAGCACGAUAUCUGUCACCAUACCGAUAUCCAUCACGUGACUUCCCAUCACCAUUUAUCUCGAGGGAAAAAGUAGCAAACGCACGCUCAGAAGUAUUAAGCUGGCAUUGUCAAGAUGGCCGAGAAAGGAUCGUCCAAUUCGGAACCCGUAACCACAACGUCAGAAACUAAUGUGGAAGAACGCCCGCUUACGGAAUUAGAAAAAAAUUUCGAGAAAGCAGCUGAGCGUUUACCGAACAUCGUCUCUAAACUCGAUUCUAAUCAAUUGCUGUUUUGCUAUGCCAGAUAUAAACAAGCAACACAAGGUGCGUGUAACAUUCCUAAACCAGAUACUUUCGAAGAGACACAGAAAUGGGCUGCUUGGAAAGGUUUAGGUGACAUGUCACAAGAAACAGCAAUGAAAGAAUACAUUGAUGCAGUAAAAUCAAAUGAUCCAAAUUGGAAUGAGGAUAAAAACAUCACUAUUAGAUCAAAAGAUGUUUUUGACUGGGUGAGGACAAAUAACUUAGACAGCUUAGAACAGAUCAUUCGGACCAAAGAUUUCCCAAUAAAUCAACGAGAUGAAUUGAAAAUGACAUUAUUGCAUUGGGCAUGUGAUUUAGGAUUUGCUUCUAUUGCUGAAGUUUUGCUUCAGAAUAAUAUUGAUAUCAAUGCUCAAGAUGAUUAUGGGCAGACUGCUUUACAUUUAGCAAGUUUUUGUGGAUAUCCUGAUAUCGUCCAGUUACUUUUGGAGAAUGGAGCUAAAAUGAUCACGGAUGACAAUGGUUUGACAGCCAAAGAUGUGGCAUUUAAUGAAGAAAUUGCAAAUCUUUUUCCUUCUUGUUAUAAUUGAAUAUGUAUCUGUAGUAUGUUCAUAUGUUAAGAUCUUGAUUUAUUAAAGACAUGUAAAUAUUUUAAAUUA